AUGAUAACCCCCGUCCCUGCCGCCCUCACCACCGUCCGUGGCUUCCAGGGCACCCCCGUCACCUCUGGCGACGAAGACUCCGACUCGGGCGUCUGCGACACGCCGCGUCUCAAUGCCCGCCGCGGCCGCAACCGUCUCGAUGAUGUCGUCAGCGCAAACUGCAGCCCUCUCCUCCGCCCACUGUCGUCGCCUGCCGUAUCCGGCAUCGCCAAGUUGCGCAUGCGAGCCGACCCCCUGAACCUCGACGGCUCGUCGCGCUCCAGCUCCGUCGUCCGCACCGGCUUGCGAAGCGCCAUUCACAGCCGCUCCCACAGCCGCGAUGGCCUGCGCAGCGACGCCGGGAGCGAGAGUUCGGACAAUGCGUCCACCAGCUACGAAGUCAACCUGGAGGAUGACUUUGUUAGUGAAAGCCUGCGCGACCGGUCCCCCUUCAUGGAGCCCCUCGAGGGAGGCUUGAACCCGAAACGCAAGAUGACCUCGGAGGAGUUUGAGUCACUGCGAUGCCUCGGCAAGGGCACCUUUGGCACCGUCCUCCUCGUCAAGCAGCGCGCAACCGGUAGGCUCUAUGCGCAGAAGCAGUUCAAAAAGGCGUCGCUCGUGGUGCACAAGAAGCUGGUAGAGCAGACAAAGACGGAGCGUCAGAUCCUCGAGUCGGUCAACCGGCACCCCUUUGUCGUCAAACUCUUCUACGCCUUCCAGGACCACGAGAAGCUGUAUCUGAUCCUCGAGUACGGGCAGGGUGGCGAGCUGUUUACCCAUCUGAACACGGAGAAGAUGUUCUCGGAGACGGUGACGGCCUUUUACAUGGCCGAGAUGCUGCUGGCCAUUUCUCACCUCCACAACGACCUGGGGGUCGUGUACCGGGACUUGAAGCCGGAAAACUGUCUGCUCGAUGCCGAUGGCCACCUCUUGCUGACGGAUUUUGGCCUCUCCAAGGUGGCGGUGGAACCGUCCGAGGGUUGCAACUCGAUGCUCGGCACCGUCGAGUACAUGGCCCCCGAGGUGAUUCUCGGCAAAAAAUAUGGCAAGGCCGUCGACUGGUGGUCGUUUGGGGCGCUCGGGUACGACCUCAUGACGGGAAACCCUCCCUUUCGCGGGCAGAACCACGCCAAGGUGCAGGACAACAUUGUCAAGCAGAAACUCGUGCUGCCCUACUUUCUCAGCCCCGACGCAAAGGACCUCCUGACGCGACUCCUGCGAAAGGACCCGCACAAGCGCCUCGGGGCGGCCAUGCCCAAGGAUCUGCUCACGCUCAAGAAGCACCGGUUCUUCCGCAAGAUUGACUGGAAGAAGCUCGCGGCGCGCGAGAUGGAGCCUCCGAUUCAGCCCAUGAUUACGGAUCCGGAACUGGCGGAGAACUUCGCACCCGAGUUCACGGAGCUGUCGCUGAGCCCCGUCGUGGCGGGCGGGGAGCCAUGGCCGGCUGGCGCCUAUAGCGGCAAGGACGAUGUCUUUGGGGGCUUCAGUUUCGUGGCGUCGUCGAGCCUCCUCGAGAGCAACGCCUUUCCCAUGGCCAACGGCGCCUGA